AUGUCGUUACUUCAAAUUCAGAAUGAGAACACUAAUCCAUAUCAAUAUCGUCAUUUCCUACUUAAUCAUGACUCCUCCCCUGCCCCUGUCUUUUACCGUGGACAAACCCGUGCAUCUUUCUUUUCCCUCAUCAUGGCGGACCGGUUCAAUAAGGUUCUGCUAAUUGAUGGCAGAGGCCAUCUCCUCGGUAGGCUUGCUGCCAUCGUGGCGAAGCAGAUUUUGCUUGGUCACAAAGUGGUGGUUGUGAGAUGUGAAGGCAUCAACAUCUCUGGAAACUUCUACCGCAACAAAUUGAAGUACUUGGCUUUCCUACGCAAGAGGAUGAACACCAACCCCUCCCGCGGGCCCUACCACUUCAGAGCCCCCAGCCGCAUCUUCUGGAGGACAGUCAGAGGAAUGCUUCCUCACAAAACCAAGAGAGGACAGGCUGCACUGGAGAGGCUGAAGGUGUUUGACGGCAUUCCUCCUCCCUAUGACAAAAGGAAGCGCAUGGUUGUACCAGCUGCCCUGAAAAUUGUGCGUCUUAAGCCCACUCGCAAGUUUGCCCUCCUGGGCCGUCUGGCACAUGAGGUAGGCUGGAAGUACCAGGCCAUCACUUCUACCCUGGAAGAGAAGAGGAAGGAGAAGGCCAGAAUCCGAUACAACAAGAAAAAGGUUGAGAUCAAGCUAGCCAAACAGGCUGAGAAGAACGUCGAAAGCAAAAUUGCUAAAUACACUGAUGUUCUGAAACAGUAUGGUGUUCUCGUGUGAGCGACCCCCAUAUUGAUAAAAAUAAAUGUUUAUAGAAAUGA